GCAACCUAAAAUCUCGAAACACCGGUGUGGUAGGCUAUGUGUGUGUGAGUGGUACGCACUGCAGCUCUCCAGACUCACGGGCACUGUGCUUGGCAGUGAUAUGUUCGGUUUUAAACACGGCAUGUUGUUUGAGUGCUGCUGUGAGCUCGCGGAACCUGCUCUGAUCAUAUAAACUCGAGAGCGGAGAAACAGCGGAUCAACGGAUGGUCGUCGGAGGCAACAAUCACCCGAGCCAAACCAGUGUUCAGUUCUUUUUCAAUGGCUCUAUCCAUUUUUGUGUCCAGCCUGUGCAGUGAGGUGCAUUUGGUUGAUGAAGGCGACUCAUCAUUGUGAUGUAUAAUGGCUCCUGCGCUGAGUGCUAUGUUGGGGUCAGAGGUCGCGGGGGCGGCGGCGCUGGCUAAAGGGGAGAUGGUACUUGUAGGCACGCUCACAGCACUCACGACUUUCCUGCUGCUCUCUGUCCUGCUGCUGCUGUGUGCAAGCUGCCAGGGGAAGAAAAAAGGGGGGCCGCCAGGAGACCAUGAAAACCUGAUGAAUGGGGUGUCAGAAAAAGAAGUAUGCAGCCAGUCAGUAGAGAGCCAUGGUACUGACUUGGCGGUCAGCAGCUCUCAUAACGGGCCUCUCACCAGUGGUACAGUACUAACAGACACAAUGGACACAAGUCCCCAGCCUUCAGAAGACGUGCUCUCCAGCCAGUCAGAAAUCCGUUCCUCUAAGUAUCACCAGGACCGUGAAUUACCCAGCAUUCCACCCACCGAUACCCUCGAAGCAGCCAUCGAUGCUCAAGCUCCCGCAGGAGAAGGCACGUAUGAGGUGGUGAAGGUCAGCGCCUCCCGUGAUGUCAGUGUUGAGGACUGUCUGUACGAGACGGUGAAAGAACUCAAGGACACUGGCCUCCCCAACGGUACACUAAGCCCAGAGGAACCACCUGCACCUCCUCUUAACUGCCACCCAAGCCCCGCUACACCAGACUACACCAUGCUGCCCAAUGGUGCGGAGUAUGCCUCGGUCAACCUCAGCAAGAAGAGCCGCUACAGCGCUGACAUGGAGGCCAGGCACUCAGCCGCCAUUGUGAAUGACGAAGAGCCUGAGGACGAAAAACCACCUCCUGUACCAGACAAGGUACUGGAUGAGAAUGACAACCAGCAGAUUCUGAAUGGACAGUUACACUCCCCGCUGACGACUGCAGCGCCUCUGGACAAUGUGUCUCCGGACAGUGAGUUAUCAGACGUGUACUCCAAGGUAGUGAAGAAUACGAUAAAGGAAACUGAGAAUGACUACAGCAGCAUUGGGGAGAUCAAGGGAAUGGUGGCGGAGUCGACUUCCAGUGAUCUUUACACCACGGGUGGGGAUGAAAACCCAAUGGCUCUCGGCUCCCAGCCUCAAGAGGGGCUUACAGAGAAUGCAGACCCUGGGUACGAGACCAUCAAGACCUCCAAAGCAUCUGAAGAGGCUCAUCAGGGCAAUGGGAUAGUGGAACCUGACUAUGAGAGUGUGGGGGAACUGUGCCUCAAUGUGGAGAUCUCCCGUCUCUGAUUACUCAACUAAGGAACUGUGGAUACUGAGAAAUCACUUCUCCUGAGGCUUAGAAGUGGAAGUUGGGGUGGUAUCAUGAGUAUAAUGCACUUAGCCUUUCCUGGUUGAAUGUUUUUGAGCAUAGCAUUUAUGCCCUCGCAUUGUUUUUGAAUAUUAUAAAUGAAAGGGUUCAUUCAGACCUGUGACCCAGCGCAGGAAAUGAAACACUCUAUUGUCUCUCAGAAAAGGGCGACUAUUCUGUCCUAGCAUUUGUUAUUUUUAAUGUUUUGCUGGGCUCUCGAUGUGUGCAACGAUAGCAGUUGAUCUCCAAUACACACACCCGCUCGAAUCGCUUUCCACGGCUUGUUCUUAUCCUAGUGUAAUCACAAAACGAAAUGCUAACAAAAGUGUCCCACUACUGAUAUCCACUAAUGUACAGCUGUAAUUAUGGUUUAUUAAAAUAAGGAGUCACAUUAGGGCGGAUUAGAACCCAAACCCCUCAUACACAAAGGAAUACUUUUUGCUAGACCAAAGAUUAAACAUUUACAUAUGUAUGAAUAUUAAGCCAGAAUAACCGCAGCAUUGUGAGAACGUAACAGUACAAAUGUGACUGAAAUGUGACUUAAGACGUUUAUAAUGCUAAUGUUAUUUCAGACUACUUAUCAGAAUAGUAAAUGAUCAUCUUUGCAUAUCCUAAUUAAUAUUACAUGAGCUAAGCCUUCACCAUUUUGUGACAUAACAAGCAGAACAUCUGUGUAGCCCCCUUCCCACGUCUCCACCACUUUUCAAAACAAAGUGACACCAAUGACUGUGCUCUUACGAGAAAUAUUUCAUUCAUAAUGUGUACUAGUAGAUUCCAUGCUUUUGCACGCUGCACCUGCUGUGAGCUCCAUUCUGCCUGUUUUCAUGUGAUACUAGUUGAGCAGCUGACAGAGUUGUGUCCUCAUAUAACCCCCAGAAGAGAACCAAUCAGAUCCUGUCUACAGCAGACCUCUCAUCUCAGUCCAUUAAAGAAAUACACUCAUUCUAAUCAUUCGGAACUGCUGGAGCAUUUACUUUCACAAGUAGCAAGCAAGCAAUGUUCACAUAAGGCAAAUCAAAAUAUAAAAGAGGAACAUUUAAAUGGUGCCAUCAUUCUGAGACGUUUAACUUGUUUAUAUUCAAUAUGUCAAAUCACAGGCUCUGGUGAGGAAGUGACCUUUUAGGUACGCAAAGUUAAGCACAAUAAUUUACGAGUGUACUUUAAGGGUAUUAAUGAAAAGUUGGUCAUUAUCUAUCUAUUGCUGGCAUGAGUUCACAUCUUUUUAAUUGUUUAUUAAUUGCCAUUUCUGAUUUAAUUGAGCUAUGUUAUAUCAAUAUGUAUGUGUGAUUUUAUUUUUUUUAAUUGAUGCAGCUGUAUUGGUUGAGUAACAGAUACAGUAUAUAUUUCAGAAAUUUUACAUGUAAUAGGUACGCAACAUUUCAAAAGGCUGAAAAGAGACAUUUAUUCAAGGUACUUCCACACUGCAGCUUUGCCUGGCAGCUUAGUAAAUGUAUUUUAUUAUCAGGUAUGCAUUUAGCUGCUUAUACAUUCAUGUAGCAGUAUAAUCAAAAAGCAUAGCGCAUCCAGACACUGCAUGGGACAACUUCAUGCCAAGAGACAUUUGUAAAUAUUCAUAAGACUAUUUUGAUCUGUUAAAUUGUCAAUAUUUCAUUGUAGUUCUGUAAUAAUUGGCAGCAGCUCUCAAGUGACAGCACGUGGAACUUUUAUAGUUUGUUUGUAUUGAGGAGCUAUGAGUACAUGCUGUUUUCUAGAUGCAUUUUUAAUUGAAGAAAAUGUAAAGGAGGUUUAUUAACAUUUAAAAGGCUAAAGGAAUAUGCAUUGCUUUGUAGUUCUUUAGCACUAUUUAAAAUGUGAGGUUUAAUUGAGGACUGUGGAUGGAGUCUAGAUGUUGUCCGUGUUUGUUUGUAAUGGUACGUUGUGUUGGUACAGGUUUCAUAUU